AUGAAUGCCUCCAACAACCUGCACGUCAACCCUUCUUAUGGGGGAUCGAGCUUCCAUUGCCGUGUGGGAAAACCAGCAGUGCCGCCGAAGCAGACCAAGUCAUGGGGAUUUCCAACUCCAGGCGUACAGUCUCCGACGGUGGCUAUGGUCAUGACUAAGGACUAUUUCAUUGACAACAGCAAGUUGGAGGAAAUUCUUGACGACGGUGAACACGACUACAUCGUUAUCGGCUCAGGCUGCACCGCUCUUGCUUUCAUCCAACAAGUACCUGGCAAGGAAUCGGACGCUCGAAUCCUUUGCCUGGAACGAGGAGGCUUUCCCUGCCGCCGCGAUUCUGCUCCACAGCUGCCCAGAGUGCCGCAAAACUGUCGGCAAGCGUGCUUUCUGACGCACAUUGUCGCGCGAGCACCGCUCUCUGCGUUCAAGUGGCAUCCUGUAGGCACAAAAUCAGAUAAGAAUCAGAGGCUGGAGAUUGGUGCGCACUACUUGGCUGGCAAGAAUCCAAGUAGCGGCCAGCAAUAUCAUGUCCAGAUCACAGCUAUCCAGAGUCCGGACCCGGAGAAGGAUGCAGAGGACGCGGCUCGUGAAUGCCCGGACUACGCCGCUGCCGCGACUUAUGAGCAGCCGGAGCACUCAACAGAGCAUGUCGUCUUUGUGUGUGCCACGCUCGGUGAAUUUUCCGAGCGCAACCCGGAGAACUGGUUUAAGCUGGACCCUGGCAACCCGGAUGUGACCACAAACAUGAAGCUGCAAUACACCCUCACCAAGUCCGACCGACAGCUUUGGGAUACUAUGGAUGAAGCGACCUACCAAACAAUUGAGCAGAUGGCCGCCCCGGAUGUGUCCGAACCGCCCUCUGAGGGUCUCGAGUACUGGCAUAUCGACGAACAUGAGCCCGACAAAGGAUCGUGGAAGCCGGCUGAUCCGAAACAAUCAGAGAUCCGUAUUCCAGGCAUUGUCCAUGAGACGAGCACCGCCUUCAUGGGCUCAGACCCAUCAGACGGCAGUUCCGUUGGACCAAAAUAUAACGUCCAUGGUGUUCCGAACGUGUAUGUCACUGGCGGUGCUCUCUUCCCGAUCGCAGGAAGCUGGAACCCGACCUUGACGAUGUGUGGGUUUGCUCAGGAUCUGGCGAGGCAGCUGGAGAAGGGACGCCACUUAAAUUGGCAUCAAGGGUCUAAGAUCGCUCAAAAUUGCCUGUAG